AUGGACAUUGACACCAGCCGCCGCAACAAGUCGCCCCGGCCGCUGUCCGACUCGGAGAGGGCGCGUCUGGAGGAGUUUAUCGACUCGAUCCACUACUCGGCCAGGUAUUCGGACAGCGAGUAUGAAUACCGACACGUGCAGCUGCCCAAGGCAAUGCUCAAGGCGAUCCCCAAGGACUACCACGACACGGCCAAGGGCACGUUGAAGCUGCUGUGGGAGGACGAGUGGCGGGCCAUUGGCAUCACGCAGAGCCUCGGCUGGGAGCAUUACGAGGUCCACGAGCCCGAGCCGCACAUUCUGCUCUUCAAGCGCCCGCUCAACUACCAGCCGCCACAGUGA